CUGAGAAAUUAUUUACUUUAAUUUAGUUUAUAUUUGAAUUCAGUUUGGCUUCCUCAGCCUUUUUCUCUGUGAGUCAAUGUUUUAUAUGGAUCUUCAGGUCAGGCCUGAUGGUUUUCAGCCACCCACAGCACCUCUUUUGCACUGUUGAAUAAAAAUAGAAGCGGUAUUUUAUACCACUUAAUAAACAGUGGCCGGAUACUGGAGGUGCUUUUAAGAACAAUAACAACAACAACAAAAAAGUCAUCAUUUAAUUAUAAGCCUCCCAGCAAGAUCUGGAAUGCAUGCGUUGCCUAUUCUUAGAUGUGGAGAUGUAAAUAAACACUCAUCUUUUAAAUUCUUUUCUCAGGUCACAUGUGCCAAUCUAACAAAUGGUGGAAAAUCGGAACUUCUGAAGUCAGGAAACAGCAAGUCCACACUAAAGCACAUAUGGACAGAAAGCAGCAAAGACUUGUCUAUCAGUCGGCUCCUCUCACAGACUUUCCGUGGUAAAGAAAAUGGCACAGAUUUGGACCUGCGCUAUGACACCCCAGAACCUUAUUCCGAGCAAGACCUCUGGGACUGGCUGAGGAACUCCACAGAUCUUCAGGAGCCUCGGCCCAGGGCCAAAAGACGGCCCAUUGUUAAAACCGGCAAGUUCAAGAAAAUGUUCGGAUGGGGUGAUUUUCAUUCCAACAUCAAAACAGUGAAGCUAAACCUGUUGAUAACUGGGAAAAUUGUAGAUCAUGGCAAUGGAACGUUUAGUGUGUAUUUCAGGCAUAAUUCCACUGGUCAAGGGAAUGUAUCUGUCAGCCUGGUGCCCCCAACAAAAAUCGUGGAAUUCGAUUUGGCACAACAAACCGUGAUUGAUGCCAAAGAUUCCAAGUCCUUCAACUGUCGUAUUGAAUAUGAGAAGGUUGACAAGGCCACCAAGAACACACUCUGCAACUACGACCCUUCAAAAACCUGUUACCAGGAGCAGACCCAAAGUCACGUGUCCUGGCUCUGCUCUAAGCCCUUCAAGGUGAUCUGUAUUUACAUUUCCUUUUAUAGUACAGACUAUAAACUAGUACAGAAAGUAUGCCCUGACUACAACUACCACAGUGACACACCUUACUUCCCCUCCGGAUGAAGACGAACAGGGCAUGAGACUGAAGCCUGAGGAAUUACAGGUCAUAGGACAGGGCUGUUACCUUAAGGAAGAAGGUCACAUCUGUUGCCUGGAAUGUGUCUACACUGCUGCUCUUGUUGACUGGUGCGAACAUGCUAGUGGAAAACAGUUGAUGUAAUUUCUGCACAGUCAGCUUCAUCUCUCAGCAUAGUUGUAAAUCACCAUAGAUCUCAGAGUCUCAUCUGAAGACAUGCUCUCACUGUAGAGACACAUGAGCACCCAGCACCCACUCCUGCACAUUUCAGCUCACAUCUAUCAUGGUACCCUUUGAGAGGGCUUUCAUUGUCUUGACUCAUGAUGGUUCAGGAUAAACUAUGAUCAAACACAAAGAAUUAACUAGACAGAGGAUGUAUCUAACAUGCCGUUAUGGAAAUCUCUUUUAAGGUCUUGAGUCCAUGCUAAUCAAUAGUCCCCACUCAUGCAUUCCUACUGCUUGGAGUAGCUGUGCUGGUGAAUACUACUGUAGGAGUUAUAUGCUUGUUAAAUGGAAAAAAAUGUGUCUUUAGAGCUCAGUAUUCUUUAUUUUAUGAACACAACACAGUGUAGUAGCUUUUUCCCAGCAUACAGUAGGCACAUUCAAGGUGAUACAGGAUGGCUUUUCUUUCUGUGGAGGGAGGAGCUUGUUCUGAGUAAAGAUGAGCAAACAUUUGGAAUUUACAUGUGGGCGGACACUGGGAAUUACAGCUUUUCUUGCCUAUCACCGGACCUUUGCAAUGUUGAGACCAACUAAGGCUGCUUAACACAAGUUCUGAUCAUUAUAUAAGAAGGGAAAUGCCGGGCAGACACCAUGUAAGUUAUAAGUGUCUGUCUUAUCUUUACUACACAUAUUGUAACAAACUCAAUAUCCUAGUCUUCAUUUGUAUGAAUGGUUUGUACUGUAUAUAGUUUAACCAAGUGUUAUUUGAGCUGCUUAUUAAUAUUAAAUUGUACUUGUCUCUCUGCUUGUUAUUGGUUAAAAAGAAAAAAGGAUCUAAGGAAUCAAUUUUAUCAAUGUAGCUGUGAACUCCAUUAAAAAAAGACAAAUUUAAUAUACAAAGCAUCUAUUCAGCUCAAGUAUUGUUGAAAGCUAUACAUAUACAACAUUACACUGUCUGUAUUUAGAUAUUUUAUUUCUGGAAAAAAUGUACAUAAAAAUAAAACCCUUAAAGUUGAGUUUCAAUA